AUGUCGGAGGGGACGGCCAGCUGCGUGGACAUCCUGAUCGCCAUCAUCCUUCCCCCGCUGGGGGUGUUCCUCAAGUUCGGGUGCAGGCACGAGUUCUGGCUCUGCCUCCUCCUCACCUUCCUCGGCUACCUCCCCGGCAUCAUCUACGCCGUCUACGCCAUCACCAAGUAG